AACGGUGAAAUUAAUGACCCUAACUUUUUAAUUUUCUUUGGUGUAAUUGGUGCACAUUUCAUUCAGUCCCUCAAUAAAUGAUAUUAUGAUUAAUUCCAAACAACCCCAAUGGACACUCUCUCCAUAAGGUAUCUUCUCCAUCUUCAAUUUCCCCAAUCAAAUUUUCCUCUAUAUAUACCUAUUAAAACCUCACUCUCCAUACAGUUUAAUCAGUUUAUUUUACCCAAACCCCAAGAAAAAAGAGGCAAAAAAAAAAAUGUCACUUCUGAAAAGAGAAAAAAUGACAAGACCAACAAGGUGGAGUCCAACUCCAGAACAACUUAUGUUCUUGGAAGAAAUGUAUAGGAAAGGUUUAAGGAACCCAAAGGCUACACAAAUACAAAGUAUCACUGCCCAUUUGUCUUCUUUUGGGAAAAUUGAGGGAAAAAAUGUGUUUUAUUGGUUUCAAAACCACAAAGCUAGGGACAGGCAGAAGCUUAAGAAAAAACUACUUGCCCAAAUGAACCAACACCAAAUUUUAGCUCAAUAUCCCAUUGAUGCUCAUAGCACUACUACUACUAAUAAUUCCAAUAACACAAACACAAAUGGCCUCUUUCACUGCCCUACUGAUCAGUACUCUCCAUAUUCUUCAUGUGGUGUUAAUCAAAUAUUCCCUUUUACAUCUACUGGGCUUCUUCAAGAGGGUGGCAUCAAAGAUGCAUCAUCUCAAGUAAUGACUUACCUGUAUCCAAUGGAUCUCUCAAGACCAGCUGAGAAUAUGGAAAAUUGCAUGAUAAGACCAUAUGGAAAAGAUUGGAUCGUGAUGAUGAACAUUAGUCCUAAUAAUUUAGCUUGUUGUGUCAAUAGACCCCUCAAAACCCUACCACUUUUUCCCAUAACCGAUGGCCUCAAGGACCAGAAUACAUCUCCCACUUUAAGUCUAGGAGUUUAAGUUUUAUCUAUCGUCUGUGUAAAUAGUUUUUUACACCAUCAAGUCAUUAUAUACAGAGAUAACCUUCCUUAUAAUGUGAGAUUUGAAAACUCAAAAAUAAGAUAUGUUACGUUACCUGCUAUAACAAGUAAAGAUGACUUGAUGAUGUAAAAAACAAUUUAAACAGAUGGUGUAUAUUACUUAAACGCGUAAUCUAUACUAAUAGUCACUUUGCCUGAUCUCCAUGCGCAGUAGAAUUGUCUUGUCUUUCAGAAUUCUUUGCUUCUGAAAAAAAGUGGCGUAGAAUGGUGCCUGUAGUUUAACUGUUUCAGUGUGUACCUUGUAAAGAGCUAAAAUAAUAUUGGAGUGUUACUGAAUUGAUGGUUUCUGUUAAACAGUCUGUAGACAGUAGACUAGUGAUAGUGAAAUACUCCCCUCCGUUUCAAUUUGUUUAAAUCUAUUUUCUUUUUAGUUCAUGUCAAAAUAAAUGACAUUUUUUCUAAUUUAAAAAUAAAUUCAC